CAAACUCCGAGCAUCAGCGGGCUUUAGAGAGGGAAGGGAGGCUGAAGCAUAGCGGGCAUAGUGACAUCUACUUCGCACACUUUCGGUCAGUCCGUCACGCCGUGAAUGGGAAAUAAAAAAGUGAUGCGGGGUUUAUGGAACUAAAGCGACCGCUCUCUCGUCAACGUUGACACCAGCCCGGCAAUGAUGACCACGCUCCCGCCGGUCAUCAAGGGCACCCCUACUCUGGAUCCUCACGGUACCUUUAGCAUAACUGAGACGGAGAAACCAUGGAAUUACAGCGCUGCCAGUGCCUACAAUUUGAUGGAACUGCCCGCUCUCUCCACCUCGGUGGCAAUGGUUAGAGAUCUCCGCUACCCUUUCCCCACUGUGGACGUCCCAGACCAUGCCCACUACACAAUUGGCUCCGUCAUCCUAGGUGUGGGAAUCACUGGCAUGGUGGGCAACUUCCUGGUCAUUUACGCCUUCUGCAAGAGCAGAGGUCUGCGAACGCCUUCCAACAUGUUCAUCAUCAACCUGGCCAUCGCAGACUUCCUGAUGUGCAUCACGCAGACGCCCACCUUCUUCGUCAACAGCAUGCACAAGCGCUGGGUCUUUGGGGAGAAAGCCUGUGAGUUCUAUGCGUUCUGUGGGGCUCUGUUCGGGAUUUGCUCCAUGAUUACACUCACAGUCAUCGCAGUGGACCGCUACUUUGUGAUCACCCGACCGCUGGCGUCCAUUGGGAAGAUGUCCCGCAAACGAUCCCUGCUCAUCCUGGCAGCAGCCUGGAUUUACUCCAUGUUGUGGAGUCUGCCUCCUUUCUUUGGAUGGAGUGCCUAUGUCCCGGAGGGCCUGAUGACCUCCUGUUCGUGGGACUACACAACCUUCACUCCAUCAGUGAGGGCCUACACCAUGCUCCUCUUCACCUUCGUCUUCUUCAUCCCCCUCUUCAUCAUCAUGUACUGCUACUUCUUCAUCUUCCGCGCCAUCCGCAACACCAACAGGGCGGUGGGAAAAAUCAAUGGGGAGAGCACGAGAGACUCCGUGAGGAGGUCCAACCACAUGCAGAACGAGUGGAAGAUGGCGAAGGUGGCCCUCAUCGUCAUCCUCCUGUAUGUCAUCUCCUGGUCACCAUACUCGUGUGUGGCACUCACUGCCUUUGCUGGCUAUGCAGACAAACUCACACCAUACAUUCAUUCUGUUCCGGCUGUGAUUGCCAAGGCCUCUGCCAUCCACAACCCCAUAAUCUACGCCAUCACACAUCCUAAGUACAGGUCAGCCCUCGCUAAGUACAUCCCAUGGCUGGGAGUGAUCAUGUGUGUCCCGCGCCGAGAUCGCUUCACCAGCAGCAGCUUCAUGUCCACCCGCCGCUCCACUGUCACUAGCCAGUCAUCCGAGAACAGCACCUACCACCGCACCGUCAAGCCCUGCCUCUCCUCCGUGUCCGACAGCGAGUCGGGGUGGACAGACUUGGACGGAGACGUCUCCAGUGUGGGCUCUCGGCCCGUCAGUCGGCAGAUGUCUUGCGAUGUGCCGAGACGGGACACUGCAGAGCUGGUCAACCUGAGGCCCACCAGCUCGCUCAAGGUCAAAGUGCACCGGCUUGACUCCGGCACCACUGACAAGAAGUCGGGCCAAAGCCCAGCAGAAGCGGGCCGCAGCCGGUCUCAGCAGAUCAGGACCCUGACGGAUGCAGACGCCGUCUCCCUGACUGACGUCCCGUAGCCUGCCGCCUACCCUCACUGCCAUGCACAGUCAUGGACCAUUCGAGCCAAAUACCUUCCAUCAUUGUCACUUCAGAAUCCACCCCUACCUUGACCUCAACCAGUCUCCGUGGCAACCAAGCUGGAAAGAGUGCUCCAUCCAGUGUGGCGGAGCCUGCUGGUGCCCCUGAGCUCGCCACUUCCUCCCCAACUCCCCCACUGCCUUAAGACUCUGACUUAAACUCCACACGCUUUUUCUCUCUGUGCUUGAAGUCCAAAUAAGGCUUUCUCAACAAGAAACAUGCACUGUUCGUAAUCCCAUCAUUUUACCUGACUUUGGUACUAGUUGUCAUCGUGCACCUUCACUCGUCUGCCUCGUCUGUGACAUUUCCACAUCAUCGUUGUUUUUGAUGUAAUUAUGCACAUGUUCUGUUUUAUCUGUGAAGCCGGACUGUGAGGGCUUCACGGCAAAGCUGCAGAGCAUGCACAUGCAGAAGUGUGUGGUGGCUCUUCUUCCGCAUGGCUCACGCUGCUUCACAGCUGGACGGGUGCAGUAGGGGGCGCAACAUUCUAAAGGGUGAUGGAGGGGUUGGACCUGUGAGGUUGCGAUGGCCGCCAGGUCCUGGCAUGGUGCGGAGCGGUCAAACGCUGCAGCAUUAAAGAGCAGAUAGAGUGGCAGCACUGUAGAGGAUCACACCAGCCCCAGAGAGGAAGGCUGCAGCUUCCUCAUCGGCUCUGCAAGAACAGCAUAAUGGCUGCCCUGAGAGAAAUUCAAUUUUUUUCAAGGUAGUGUAAGUGGUAAAAUAUGAGAAUAUAAUUUAACUUUUUAGUUUGAUGAAUUUCAGAGGUUAGAGUGCUUGGGGCCUUGAAAGAAAAUGGUCAGGAGUUAAGGAACUACUGAGAUUUUAUUCUCUCAGGUGUAUGGAAAAUACACACUGUAUUCAAGGUAAAACUAAAAGAUUAAAAAAUAGUGUGUGUGUGUAUUAAAGGCACUCUAAGCUAUGUAACGUGGUUUCUAAGCUAAAACAUUUUUUGUCACAUACAGCUAACAUCACCUCACCAUCCGCUAGCUGCCUGUGCCCUGAAUUCACAAAAAAUGCUGUCUCUGCAGACAGCCCAGGCUCCAAAAACGGCAACAAAAACAACUUGCACCAACCUGGACCAUAACAAACUGUUCCAGCCAAUCACCAACAAGAUGCGCAUUUAGGAGAGUUUCAGAUGAUUGGAAGGGAGGGGGAGGGAGUAGCGAGCUAGCUCUCUGUUUUGUGUGAACGUCAACAGAAGUGACGUUACCCAACAUUGCUUAGAGCGCCUUUAAUAUGGGGAAUAGGUGCAGAAUUCAGAGUGAGUCCUUCAAGCUGCUGACAUGUUCUGUGUCAGCCAAAUAGCAUCCUGCCCUUCUCACAGCACAGUCAAGUAAAACCCCUUCUCCAUCUCUGUGUCCCUCUACGUGUAGAGAUGCCUGCGGGGCCACCCACACCCUGGCCCAAGUCAGAGCCAGUCUCUGCAGUACAGUACAAUAUGCCCCCUGGUCUCUUCUCAGCAGAGAACCUAGCGCAGCAUGGACACCUCCAACAUAUCGCCACACCUGGCUCCUGCACCUUCCAUGCCCUGGAGGAAAGCUAUGUGGAGGCAGGCCACCAGGCAGGAUGCACGUGUGUAUGUGUCACCCACAGGCACAGCUGAGAUACUAUGUGUCUCUGAGAUUAGCUAGUGAGGCAUGAGGCUGGAGAGCAGAGAGCAGAGAGAUGUCUUUCCUCCUCCCUGAGGUGGCCCAGACAACCCUGAGAAAUAGGGCCUCGUAGUCUCCAUCUGUCAGCUUGGAUAGCUGGGGGCUGGACGUGCCCACACAGGGAUGUCUCGCUUUCCUAAAAGCCCAUUGUCUUCAUCCUUCCUCCAUCCAUUUCCAUUUAUCCAUCUCUCUGUCCUUGUGCAAUCUCUUUCUCCACAACAUUUACCAGCUCUGCUCGCUCCCAAGGUUUUAUCUCCUGCAGUGGCCACUAGUCCAACUGCUUAAUGUAUUUGAAUAAAUGCAAUGAUAUUUUUGAUACCUGAGCAAUGUUUUCAUCAUGAAUAUUGUACAUAGAGCUGUAUUGUAAUCAUUUGUAGUGUUGCAAGAUCAUUGCCAUCCAAAUAAAUGAUUUAUCUAUCCCAGCAGUGCUAAUGUAACGUCAGCAGUGAUGUAAGUCAUCUUUGUGAGCGCUGUCCUGAUGAUGUGUGUAAGAGUGAUUAUCUAGAUUACUUCAUUUUUUUUUCUCAAGUUCAUGUGGUUUUCUGCUGUUGUGAAAUAAAACACGUGCAAAUUUGAUCUGCAUAUUUUAAAUACGGCUUCCAUCUAGGUGGAGGUGGACUGUUGUCUGCUGUUGUGUGCUGUGCGUCUGUGGCCCCCACAGGCUGUGAUGGGCCAGAAAGGGUUCAGAGGCAGAUCUGUCCUCCGUCUGUUGUGUGCGGUUAGCUGCAGGUACAUGUUUAGUUUGUUCACGUGCUGUACGCCAUGGAUUUGAAAUGCACUGUCAUAUUACGGGUGUCUGUGAGGUCAGUCAGCAGUUGUGUGUUUUAGAAGCUGAAGUGAUUUCAUGCUGAUUUGGUUUUGUGUUUGUGUUUUUACUUAUUUUUUUAAAAUAAAAUCAUUAAUUAACA